AUGGCAAGCCAUGGCAUUCCACGACAUGCCACUUCAGAGCAGAGAUCAGAGGGUGUACGGCAGAAAGAAAUUCAGAAGAUACAGGCAUAUAAUGGACUUGUCCGUGUAGUGAAUUUCCAGAGAGCAGAGCUCGACUUCAGCACGGAGGCGCUGAAUAAAACUUCAGAACUGCUCACCAAGAACCCAGAAUAUUAUACGAUAUGGAAUGUGCGGCGCCAAAUAUUACAACACCAGUUUUCCAAAACUACGUCUACAGAUGAGGAAAGCAGCCUUGACCAGAUCAAGAACAUGAUCAAAGCCGAUCUUCAGUUUUUGUUUCCCCUUCUCCGGGGAUAUCCCAAGUGUUAUUGGAUCUGGAAUCACCGGUUAUGGGACCUGGAACAAACCACCCUUUUGCUUCCGACUUCUGUUGCCCGUAGGUUCUGGCAGGAGGAGCUUGCACUGGUUGGCAAAAUGCUCAGCCUGGACAGUAGAAACUUCCACGGUUGGGGAUAUCGUCGACAAGUCAUAUCGGCACUCGAAAAGUUGGCCUCGAACGAUCAUGGGGAGCCCGAUGGCGAGAAAGAGACACCCGCACCCAAAAGCAUGACAAAGGGGGAACUUGACUACACAACGAAGAUGAUCGGUACUAAUUUAUCCAAUUUCUCAGCGUGGCAUAAUCGAACACAGCUUAUUUUGAAGCUGCUGAAUGAACAGUCUGCCAGCGAUGAGGAAAGAAAGAAGAUGCUAGACGACGAAUUAAAACUAAUCCAUCGGGCUUUAAUCGACCCAUACGAUCAGUCUUUGUGGUUCUAUCACCAAAAUCUGAUGUGCACAUUUGAUCCCGCUCUGGCUCCAGGGACCAUGGCGCCAAAUCUUACAGAUGCUGAUCGAUUAAAGUAUCUGGAGAACGAGGUUGAGGCUAUUACUGAGAUGCUGGACGGAGAGGAAGACUGCAGAUGGAUCUAUCAGUCUCUGAUCAACUGUAGCACGAUCAUUUCUCGCAUAAAAGGAAGAAUGUCAACGGAAGUGAAACAGCGGAUAUCGGGAUGGGUAUCUGAGCUAAAAAGGCUUGAUCCACUGAGGCAAGGGAGGUGGAUGGACCUUGAGACUUCGUUGAACCUAUAG